AUGCAUACCAGCUGCGACUGCCCGAUAGAAACUUCAGAGAGCACUGAUGGCUUCACUGUGAAAGAAUGUAUCGUUGGCGAGGACGGUUCUUGUGCCUCGAAUGAAAUCUGCAUUCUGAACGGACAGUAUAAUAAGAGUGUAUGUUGUGCAACAGGCAAGUCUUCGGUCAUGUCUGAAUGCGGCUCUGGGAGGCUGUUCAUCAAUCCGAUGACCAAUAAAGCCAUGCAGUGCAAUACAAACAGCGACUGUCCCAAAGGGGCGGAGUGUACACUGACCAAUGGCAAACGUUUGUGCUCUUGCGCCGUAGCCGUUGAGCAUGUUGAACCACCUCCUACGGGUUGUCCGUGGGGCACGCGACCGCUGAAGGACCAUAUGCGACAGGUGAUCAGGUGCAGUCCGGGUAAUCCACGCAUGUGCCCAGGAAACACAACUUGUCAUUUCGAUUCAGAGUACAAAAUGUACAAAUGCUGUGGCAAAGAUCCAGGAGAAGGCUGUCCAAGCGGAAGCAAAUUGGAAAAGCGAAACGGUGCUGCAGUCAAAUGUUCGCCCGGGGAAUUGCCGGACUCUUGCUCGCCAACAGCUCUGUGUCAGUGGAAUUACCUUGCUGAAAGCUACCUCUGUUGCUUGCCGCACAACGGACUGACUAACGAAAACCUGUUAGGCUGUCCCGAAAGAAUGGUCCCUUUCUCAGACGAAAGCAGUCAAAUCAAAGCUUGCACGCCUCAUGUGAACGGUACAUGUCCACAGGGUUCUUCUUGUCAUUUCAAUUUUUGGAUUGCUACCUAUCAGUGUUGCAGACAAACGACCAGAACGUAUGACAUGUGUCCGUCUGGCUAUCGACCACUUAUGAAUCGAAUUAACAAACAUUUUGUCAGAUGCAGCAAGUCCAUGGUGCCUUCUUGUCCUGAAGGUAACGAAUGUGUCAGUACUGUCGGAAACGAAGGCGUUUGUUGCCAUCGCGUCGAUGAAUGUCCUCCGGGUCACCUACCUGUGAGCAGUUCUACCAGCCAGAGGCUAAAUUGUGGUCAAGACCCUGUUAAUCGUUGUCCGCAUCCGGCUGAAUGCAUGCUCUCAAAUGCCGAGACUUCUGAAACGAGCUAUUUGUGCUGCAUGCCGCCUACGGGGCUUGCGCUGUGUCCCGCGAAAUACCAUCCAGAGGAUGGCAGUGUAAAAUUAUGUACUUCUAAACAAAACGCAUGUCGUCAUAAUUCGGUAUGUUUCACUGCGACUGCCACGCUCAGUCUGUGUUGUAGCCCGUCGGCCAACUUCGAUCACACCUGCCCUGACGGGUACGGAUUGACCGAUGACUCGAUGCGUUUCUGCGAUGGUCACGCCAUUGGUUGCCCAGCAAAUUCGUUUUGUUUUUCUUCGUUUUCGGAAAUUGGAGUUUGUUGCUCUUGGUCAACAUUUGCACUGGAUUUGCACUGUCCCGUUCAUUAUACGCAAACCAGCCACGUCAACUGUCAGGGUGAUCACAUGAAAUGCAACUUCGGCGCGUCCUGCUUCCCAACAGCUGCUGAAGGUCGGUAUCUUUGCUGCAGCCCAACCACAAUCGGCCUGAAGUGCCGAGAGCCUUUUCGCGCUGUAGGCGAAAUACCGAUCAUGUGUAUUCCAAAGCUUUCCACGUGCCCUCCUGACUCAUCAUGCAUCGAAGCUUUAAACCAGCCAAACGUACACCUGUGUUGCGCCUAUGAACAUGACGAAGGUGCAGCAGCAAUUAUUUCCUGUCCUUCUGGAUGGACCACGGAGGGCGGUAAUGUGAAGCGAUGUAAAGCACUGGCAAAAUCCACAUGCCUUAUAUCAAGCAAGUGCUUGCCGUCAGCAAACGAUCCUGCCGUUGCGCUAUGCUGCUCUAAAGUGGCUAAAGUUCCGGCAAGAUGCGAAGGCAACCUUGUGCCUAUGAUGUCUCAAGAAACCUACGUUCUUUGUCAACAAGGUCAUUGUCCAGAAGGAUCAACUUGCAGCAGUUUGACGGGACAGUCUGGGGAAAUUGCGCUGGCCAACGACGGCGUGAUCGUGUGUGAUGCGGGAACCAGGGGACAAUGUCCCAAGGAAUCGUCGUGCGAGUCAGAGUCGAACAACUCGAGAGUUGGAAUUUGCUGCAACUUGAGGCGGAAACGUAUUGAAUGUCCUCACAACGAAGUCCCGUACCAACUUGACGGUUUGGUACUACUCUGUCCGACCCAGAGUACGUCUGCCUGCCCGACGAAUUAUCACUGCCAGCCGUCCGUCAGUUUCAAGAACGUCCAUAUUUGCUGUGGUCCUCGUUUCACUUGUCCUCCUCCACUAGUGCCGGUCGACGAUCAGCCAAAAUUCUGCCAUCCAAGCAAACUGCACUGUCCGGACAGUAGCGACUGCGUACAGUCGUCAGAAGACGGAGGAGUAUACGUUUGUUGCAAACCACCGUUAUUCGCCGGUUUACAAUGUCCCACGUCUUCCAGCCCACUGCUGCUCAACGACGAAAAUGAGUACUGUAAGAUACCAGGUCAAGACUGUUCUGUAAAAGGUUACACAUGUUCCGGAUCAGCAACGUCUAACAAUAAGCACCUUUGCUGCUCCGUUUUUACAACUGCACCGUUGACUUGUCACAACAAUCAGUCCGUACACCCUUGGGUUAUAUCAUGUUCACCGGAAACUGCGCCUUGUCCAUCGGGUUACGAAUGCACGCAGUCCAACAUCCCCAACAUAUUUACAUGCUGCAAGACAAUCAACCAUUACUUCUGUCUAACUCGCACGCGACCGUAUCCCUCAGAGGAAUCUCCUACAAUGUGUUCCGAAUACAGCCACUGUCCACAGGGAACAUCAUGCAGCCAGUCGAACGUCCCUGGUGCAAAUAUUUGCUGCUGCAUUAGGGGGGACUUUCGACAAUCCCUGUGCACAGAAAGCAGUGGCAGCAUGACGCAGUCGAAUGGCAAAUGCCUGACAACGAAGUUAGGUACUUGUCCUCAAGACUAUGUCAUCCGUAAAAGAGAAAAUGGCAUAACGGUCUGUUGUAAAGCUUCGGCAAUGAUAAAAAACAGAUGUCCAGAUGGCAGCUGGCCAUCGACAAACAAUUGUGGGUUUUCUUCUACGAGAUUGUGCCCAUCCGGCUAUCGGUGUUUGACCAACACUGACGGUACAGCUACGCACUGCUGCCCUGUGCCAAAGUCGCAUCAACCGCCACAAGACAAGGUUUGUGGAGUUCGGCAGUCACCGUACCUCACCGUAAGGCAAACUCCCUUAGUCUGUGUACCAACAAACCCAUCUUGUCCCCCCGGAUAUUCUUGUCAAAAAGAUACUUCGUCUUUGGCAUCACCGAAUGUCUACUACUGUUGCCAGAAGGUCCUAUGCAUCGACGGCAGCGACGUCACACUAAACAUGCUAGGACAUCCGCUGUUCUGUCGUGACCCAAAUGGCGAGUGCCCCAAGGACACUUCUUGUCAACCUUCAAGAAACCUUCGUGGAACCUACUGCACAUCGAAGACAACAACAGGAAAGAAGGCGUGCUGUGUUGUGACCGUACAAGCAGCGGAAAAGUUUCGUAUAUGCCCAAUUGGAGAUCCAUAUAGAGAUCCAACGACGCGCCAAUUGCACUACUGCUCACAAACCGAUUAUGUGUGUCCAAAAGGAUUUGUGUGCAAGCAGGCAAUGUCUCAGCCAGUAGAAAUUGUGUCGCAUUCGAAGGUCAAUGAUCAGCUGUAUGUGUGUUGCUCCGGAAGACCGUCAUGUCAAUCUGGAUGGUUGCCAUUAUUUGAAAGAAGCGAAGAAGGGCCACGGAAAUGCCAUCCAAACCUUUAUAAUGCAUGUCCUAAUCCUUAUAGAUGCCAAGAGUCUUCGGUUCCAAAGGUCUACUUGUGCUGUAUGGAAUCGGCUAUAGCGAGAUCUGAAAACGAAGAAAUGACUGACGCAGAAUUUGUAGCUUCAGAGUCCAGAAGCUCACGCUGA